AUGCUUUUGAACCAGAGAGCCCUGAGAGGCAGCAGCCAGCUGCGGGUCCCGGCGCGAUGGAGGGGGCAGGCGACGGCAGCUGCGGUGACAGAGAGCACAAGGCCUCGGACCCAGCCCGCGGCGCGGAAACCCAAAACAGGAAUCUUGAUGUUAAACAUGGGAGGCCCAGAAAGGCUGGAUGAUGUGCACGAUUUCUUACUUCGUCUCUUCCUGGACAGAGAUCUGAUGACAAUGCCAGCUCAAAAUAAAUUAGCACCGUUCAUUGCCAAGCGCCGCACACCGAAAAUCCAGGAGCAGUACAGCAGGAUUGGAGGAGGAUCACCCAUCAAGAAGUGGACAGCAGUGCAGGGAGAAGGCAUGGUGAAGCUGCUGGACAGCAUGUCCCCUCACACAGCCCCUCACAAGUACUACAUUGGGUUCCGGUACGUCCACCCCCUGACGGAAGAGGCGAUCGAGGAGAUGGAGCGGGACGGCGUCGAGAGAGCCAUCGCCUUCACCCAGUACCCCCAGUACAGCUGCUCCACCACCGGAAGCAGUUUAAAUGCCAUUUAUCGCUACUAUAAUAACAAGGGGGAGAAGCCAAAGAUGAAGUGGAGCGUGAUUGACCGCUGGCCCACACAUCCCCUUCUGAUUCAGUGCUUCACCGAUCAUAUCCAGAAGGAGCUGAGCCUGUUUCCACCUGACAAAAGGAAAGAUGUUGUCAUCCUCUUCUCGGCACACUCGCUGCCCAUGUCUGUUGUGAACCGUGGUGAUCCGUAUCCUCAAGAAGUGGGAGCUACUGUCCAGAGGGUCAUGGAGAAGCUGAACUAUUCCAACCCUUACAGGCUUGUGUGGCAGUCCAAGGUUGGGCCAAUGCCUUGGCUUGGUCCACAGACAGAUGAGACCAUUAAAGGACUGUGCCAAAGAGGAAAGAAGAACAUGUUGUUGGUCCCAAUAGCAUUUACAAGUGACCACAUUGAGACACUUUAUGAGCUGGAUAUUGAGUAUGCCCAAGUUUUAGCUAACGAGUGUGGAGUUGAAAAUAUCAGAAGAGCCGAGUCUCUUAAUGGAAAUCCACUGUUCUCCAAGGCUCUGGCAGACCUGGUCUGUUCCCAUAUCCAGUCGAAGGAGACCUGCUCGAGGCAGCUGACGCUGUGCUGCCCGCUCUGCGUCAACCCCGUCUGCAGGGAGAGCAAAGCCUUCUUCACCAACCAGCAGCUGUGAUGGGCCCUCCUGGAGCAGGCAGGCAGGUUGUCCUGCUGGAGCAGUG